UUUAACAUUACAAUUAUGAUCUUAAUUAAGCUUUUUGGUCUCACACCUCACCUUUUCUUUUGAUUUCUUGGAUUUAGAUCUGUAUGAUAAUUUUGCGCAAUUUUCUACCUUCAAACUAGUCAGUCUAAGUCCCACUUUCUUCCCACUACCUCCCUGCUCUUUUACCCACAAUCCAAUUUCUUUAUUCAAUUCCCAAACUUGAUUGAUCAUUAACUUCUUCAUAAUCAACUACUUGCAAGUUGUAAGUUACCCCUUUAUUUUCCUUUAUUUUUUUGAUUAAUUUACUCCUUUUUUGAGUUAUUGCUGGGAAUUGAUCGAAUUUCAGUAAAUCAAAUUGGGUUCUCUUUGAUUUGUUCUGGGUUUAUAGUUUUAUACCGAUUUGAGCUUAAUCUGGUAGAAAAGUUGAAAAAAUGGGUGAUGAUGGAUUAAAAGUUGGUGUUCGAAUCAGGAAAUUUGUGAUCAUAACAACUAAAUUUUGUUACAGAUCAGUUUAUAAUCAUCCUUUUGUUGUUGGUUUAUUGUUGUUGUUGUUAUUUUUGUAUAGAUCAUUCCCGCUUUUGUUUUCAGUAUUAGUUUCUACCUCCCCUGUACUUGUUUGUACUGCGGUUUUACUUGGAUGCCUUUUGAGUUUUGGUGAACCAAAUGUUGUCCCUGAGUGUGAUGAAGAUGAGAAAGUAUCUCACGAAAUCGUGCAGUCGAAAACGGGGAGAUUUGAGAGCAGCACUGUUGUUGAGGAAGAUGAGUGUGUUGGUAGUAAUAGUAGGUACACUGAAAUGAAAAGAGAGUAUGUGAAGAUCAUUGAUGAAGAGCCUUUGCUAGACAAUACUGAUAGGUUAGAUAAAUCUGAAGUAGAUGGUGAUGAUGUUGGUUUUGGUUCAAUGUCUACUGAUCAUAAUUCAAGGGAGAUCAGAUUUGAGAAACAAUGGAUUGAUGAAACAAAGAGUGAGCUCGAGAAUACCGAGAUCGAGCAGAAUGUGGACUUGGGUGAUCAAUUGUAUAGGAUGGGGAUCAGGGUUGGUUAUGGUGAAGGUGAAAAUCUGGAAACCAGGUUUUCUUCAGUUGAGAAGGUACAGAUGGAGCAUUUUGAGGAUUAUAUAUCAGCAGAAGGAUCAGUUGAUGUUCAGAUGAGAGAUAAUUUAGCAUCUUCCUCGGAAUUGCAGAAACCCUCGAAAGAAGUUGUAUUGUUGUCAACUGAGGAGGUUCAGCAUGAGAAUUCUGAGGAUUAUAAGUCUGCAGAAGGAUCAGUUGAUUUUCAACUAAGAUAUCAAUUAGAACCUUCAUUGGCAUCAUGGAAACAGUUUGAUGUUCUUGAUGAUCGGAUGUAUACAGAUGAAGAUUUUCAAGAGGAGAGAUUUGAGGGUUAUGAUAUGGCGGAAGGAUCAUCAGAUGCUCAGAUGAGGGAUUACAUAGAAUCAACUCUGAGAUCAUGGAAACAAAUGGGUUCUGAUCAUGAUGAAGAUGCUGAGUUUGAUUCUGGGUCUGAUGGAGCUGAGAGUUCCUCUCCAGAUGCUUCAAUGGCGGACAUUAUUCCCAUGCUGGAUGAGCUUGAUCCACUUCUAGAUGAUGAAAAUUUACAGCCCAGUAGUCUAUCCCGUCAAAGCUCUGCCGCUUCGAUGGAGAAGGCAGCGAUAUCUCCUGAUAGCAGCAUUCAUUCCGAUGAUGAAAGUGAUAGAAAAGAUGACGAGGCUGAUGAUGGUAAAACUUAUGCCGAUGAUGGCAAUGAAAAGGAAACCCAAGUUGGUAAAAAAGAUCCGGCGAAGUCUGUGAUUAUGUGGACAGAAGAUGACCAGAAGAAUCUUAUGGAUCUAGGGACAUCUGAAAUGGAAAGGAACCAGCGCCUGGAGAGCCUUAUUGCCAGGAGAAGAGCAAGGAAGAUGACAGGUGACAGGAAUUUGAUUGACAUGGAUGGCAUGGAUCUACCAUUUCCAGUUGUACCUAUUUCUACGAGAAGAGACAAUCCUUUUAACUUUCCUCAGGACUCUUAUGCUGACUUGGGAUUACCACCAAUUCCUGGCUCUGCACCGUCUAUUAUGUUGUCUAGGCGAAAUCCUUUUGAUCUUCCCUAUGACUCUAGUGAAGAAAAGCCUGAUCUAACUGAAGAUAGUUUCCAGCAGGAGUUUACAGAACUUACUCAUAGGGAGGUGUUAUUUCGAAGAAAUGAGACAUUCAAUAUGGGGUCCUCAUCUGGUUUUGAUUCUGGAAGGCCUAGUCGUUUUAGACCUUAUUUUGUGCCAGAAAGAACAGAUUCUGAUAUGAUGAGCUAUUCUUCUCUUCAAAGACAGUUGAGUGAGCUUAGCGAGUCCAAGGCAAGUUCUGCUGCUGAAACAGAAUCAACUUCUGCAGGAGAAGACCAGGAAGAAAAGAAGCAAAUAGAACAUGACAGUGUUCAAGAGGUAGAACCCAGUUUCGAGACCGAUCAUGCUUCUGUCAUUGUGGAACAUGGAAGCCAGUCUUCUGUCGAUUUAGAUUUAUUGUUAAGUGAAGAAAAGAAUAAGAAUGAUUUUGUUCUCAGUGAGCUUGAAGUUGAGUUGGGUAGGGCAAAUUCUGAUAUGAUGAAUUAUUCUUCUCUUGAAAGACAGUUAAGUGAGCGUAGCGAGUCCAGGGCAAGUUCUUCUGCUGAAAAAGAAUCAACUUCUGUAGGAGCAGACCAGGAAGAAAAGAAGCUCAUAGAGCAUGACUCUGCUCAAGAAGUUGAACCCAGUUCCGAGAUCGAUCCUGCUUCUGCGCUUGUAAAACAUGGAAGCCUAUCUUCUGAAGAUUUAGAUUCAUUGUCAGAUGAUGAACAGGAUAAGAAAGAUUUUGUUCUCAGUGUGUUUGAAGUUGAGUUGGGUAGGGCAAAGUCUUCUUCUGCUGCAGCUUCCUACACAUCUGAAACUGUUGAAUCAGCUGAUAAUAGACUUGAGUGCAGGGAAAUGUAUCCUGCAGUAGAACCGUGGCUGUCUCAUAGCAAAUUUAGCCACAGUGACAGCCAAUCGGUGACAGAAUUAAUCGAAGUGAAUCACAGUAUUAGCUGUAGCGCAUUAUCUACUUCAAAUGCUCUCAAUGAUGAGAAAGCGGAAGAUGUUGACAGCAGCUUGGUAAAUUGGGAAGAAAGCCAAGUAAACAAUCUUUUGAAAGUUGACAUUCCUGUGAAGUAUUCUCUGGAGCCCUCAGCAUCACUAGAGACAUCAGAACACAGUCAAGCAACUGAGGUCGACGGUCCAAAGGAACCCGUUUAUGACUUCAGCCCACUGAAGAUGAACCAUUCAUUGUCCUCCUCUUCUUCUGAUCUGCAGAGAGAUACAUCAGGGAUUGAUUUAUAUCAUUUAUCAAGAGAUUUAUUUGUGGUUGAAGAGUUAAAUGUGCACAAUCAAGAUGCUGAGAACAUUUCCGGGGACACAAAACAAGAUGCAGAUGGCAAUGGCUUGACAAUGAGUGGUAUUGGUGAAGGUAGUGGGCUUGACAGCACUGAUUUCUUUUCAGAGGUCACUCAACUUCCUGGUAAUUCACCAACAUUGGUAGUGACAGAAGAUGAAGGUCAUUUGAAUAUAGAUUCCUUAGACAAAGGAUUGAAGGAUAGAGUAUCAUACGACACAGUUUCUCCUCAUGAAGUAGAGGAAAUUUUUGCACAGAAAGACAGUGCUGAAAAUCAUCUUGAAAAUAAGCUAGAUAAUAUGCCCCCUUCUGCUGAUAGACACGAGUUUGCUGAAGAUUCUGUCUUAGCUCAAGAGAAAACAGAAGUUGUGUUGGCAGAUAUUCUUUUUCCUGUCCACUCGAUAUUGUCUUCUUCACAGGCCGAGUCAAAGGACGACAUUCAAGAGGAAAUGAAAGUAAGUCAGCAGUUUCAGGUACCUAGUUCCAGUUGGAAGAGUUGUGAAAAUGAAGGGAAUGAAACGCUGGGUUUUUCAUUGGAUGAAAAACAUUUUUGUCCCCAUGAUUCUGACGUCCAUGAUCCCUGUUCUGAUUCUGCGGAGCAGGAACAAUACAUCAUUAAUAGGAAGCUUGAGGAGGCUGAUCAAGUAGACAAAAUUGAUGAACCUGUAAAUGUUCUCAUGGUUCAAGAGCUUCAACACAAGAUAUUGUCUGAUCAAGGUCAAAGCAGUGGAUCUUUCUCCCAGCCUGAGGAUUAUGAGACAACAAUUCCAGAGUUUAAGCAGCAUAUUCAAGAUACACUUGAAACCAGACAUGCAUAUAUGAUAGAGGAAAACCACGAGGUUUUUGAAGGGUUCGAAGGACCAUUAGCUGAUGAGCAUAUCAUGAAUGAAGUGAAUAAUGAUGUCAAGGAGAUGGAUGAAGCAUUAUUUUCUGAGCUGGAUGCAAUUGGUGACUUCCGAGUGUCAAACAUUGAACCAAACUCGGGGAACAGUAUGAUUAAUCUUGAUGCUGCAAUUGUCUCAAAUAUUCCUGCAGAAGCUAUCGGUGAAGUAUAUGCUAGUACUGAGAUGCCAUUUGACCAUGAAACAUUGCUUGGAGAUAGCAGUAGCACUCAUCUUGGUAAUUCGGAAUCUGAGAAAAAUGUUACAGGAACCAAUCUUCCCGAGACUAAGGAAUCAAACCUAGAUUCACAUAAAGGAAAUAUCAGUACUGAUUUGCUAGACCUGGAAGCUCAGUCUGUUGAGGAUAUCGAUGCUGCAUUUAUGAAAGUGAGUGAAGAAGUUGAAAAUUCUGUGGUCACAGAAUCUGUCCCGGCUGAAUUCACGAGAAAAGUGGAAGAUGUUUCUCUAGAAACUGAGUUAUUGUUAGAAGAUACAGAACUAGGAGGCUGUCCCUCUGAAGUAUUAGCACUCACAGCUGAUUCUGCCUUCAAUACCAGGGAAUCAGUUCCAGAAAGAACACAACCUGACCUUGCUUUUCUACAAGGGCAGGAUCUGGAUUCUGUCUGGAAUGAGAUUGUUUCAGAAAAGACAAUCUUGGAUCCCGAGAUUAUUGAACACUCUAGUGAAGAUGUUGAGAAAGUUGAAGCAGACAAUGAUAAAUCUGAUUCUUUUGAAGCUCUACAAACAGUAACUGAAACAGGAGUUGAUUCUGUGGAAUCCAUGCCAUUGCAAAUACAAAGAGACAUUAAAGAGUUAGAUGAAUCACCUCUUGUUGAAGCAAGUACUGCACCAGAUCUUGAGCCCAGAGAUCAAACAGAAAGUGUUGGUUCUAUGGAGUUUGAGCCAUUACUAGUAGAUAGAGCUGCGGUAGAGGUUCAGGAAUCAUUAGUACUUGAUGCAAGUGAUUCACUGGUUCUGGAGCCUGAGGACGAGGCAUUAAAAACGUCUGUUCUUGGGAGUAUUACACCUGCAGUUGAAUCUGAAAGUCAAAUUGAGAGAAAUACAUAUGAACCAUUGCUAUUGGGAAAAGAGGGAAAAGAGAUACAAGAAUCAGAUCUUGUUGGAAUUAGCAUUGGAUCUGCUCUCGACCCUGAACAUCAAAUGGAAAAGUUUGAUUCUCCGAGAUCUGAAUCAUUGCAAAUAGAUGAAGAGGUUCGCGAGACGCAGGAAUUGCCGGCUUAUGAGGGAAGAAUCUCCCCUGCAUCUGUGUUUGAUGAUCAGAGAGAAAAAGUUGGGUCAUCCAAGCCAUUGCAGUUGAAUAGAGACAUUCAUGAGGUACAAGAAUGUCCUGUUGUUGAAGAGAAGGAAGUGGUUGAUUCUGAGGAAUCUGAGCCACUGCAAAGAGACAGAGAUGUUGAAGAGUUACGAGAUUGGCAUGUUGUUGAAGGAAUCUCUUCUAUAGAACCUGAGCAGUUGCAAACAGAUACAGAUAUUAAAGGUAUACCAAAAUCUCCUACUGCACAAACAAGCAUUCCUGCUCCCGAGUUUGCACAACAAAUAUUGACAGUUGAUUCUGGGGACUCUAGACCGUUGCUGAUAGAUAGAAAUGCUGGGGGAUUGCAAGAAUUUCCUGCUGUUGAGGCGGAAAUUGCAGUUGAAGUUGAUUCACAAGGUCAACUAGAAGAGGUUGGCUUUGUGGAAUCUGAACCACUACAAAUACAUCAACACAAAACUAAUACAUCUGCUGUUGAGUUCAAUGAUCAAAUGGAAAUCAACAGACAGAUGGAAGUUGUAGAGGUUCAGGCUUUGCAAGAUCAUCAACUAGUUUCUCAGCAGCAACCUGAAGUUGAUGAGCCAAAUGCAGAUGAUUCAAGUAGGACAAAUGUUGACUCAACAACCACUGUGACUCGAUCAUCCAACAAUAAAGUCGAUGAUCAGGGACAUGGCAAGACUGCUGGUGAAGACAUCACGCAAGUUGAGGAGGAAAAGUCCCGUUAGUCACAUUGCGUAUCUAGCUCAAUCUCUUCCAGCUCUCUUUCAAAUGAUUCUGAGAUUAAUAUUGUGCAAGACAUAGCCUUGUUGGGUGAGUGGCUCUUCCCCACAGUUUGCUUCGAAGUAUAAUUAUGAAUGCCUAUAGUUCUCUAAGAGCCGAGUUGGCUGGUAAAUUUGUGUAUUUUUAGUUAUGGUGGCUGCUAUAUUUUGGAGAAUAGCAGCCCAUUUUGUUAUUUCUGGGCAUCUUUCAGUUAACUUUUGUUGGUUUCGGAAAGAUUGAGGUUUAUUUUUGAUGUUUGGAAGUCAUUGUUUCGAUAGUUGAGAGUGAGGCGUCAAAUCUUGUGACGGGUGGUCCAAAUGUUGUAAAUUAUACGCAUUUAUGAAUGUCACUAGUCUGUGACCAUUGCAUUGUUGGGGGUUUCAACCGUUUCAUAGAGGCGUAUGCAGUAUAGGGAGCGCCUGUUGAGACUUGUAAGGCUAAAAUUGUCAUGCCUUGUGUACUAUUUUGUAAAAUGUUUCUUGAAAUGAAUAUUGAUUUUGAAGUUUGUCAUGAGAA